GUAUAAUGGUUGUCACCAGCAACCUUCUGUUGCCAGCCGACCCAAUCAUUCUUUGGCAUCUCUAAAUAUUCUAGUUCAAUCAGUGACACUUCCACUGGCAUAUGGCCAAAAGCCCAAAACCCCGUGGCCGGCCUAUGGGGUCAACCCCUCCUGAAAUCCUCCGAACGUGAUGUAUUUUCAUGUAAACAUGAACAUACACAACAAGAUUUGCAGAAACUUGAGGGGUCAACGGUGUUUUUUUCCUGAUAAAACACUUUGCGUCUCCACGCUGUAGUUGGGUCAAUGCCGUCGCAGGUAGCUACUGUGGGAGAGGUAGAAGAACACCGGUGACCUGACGCAACUGACACGUACUGUAAGUAGUAGAGACGUAUAAAUUCUACUAGCAUGCUUGAUUGCUUCCCUUGUCGAUCGAUCAACUAGAAGAUCUCAACACAUUCAUGAUGGCGAGAUUCGCCAGUCUAGCGAUCCUUUAUCUGAUCUCUCAUCUACUGCUGCGCUCCUGUGCGUCCGCUGCAGCACCAUCGGUACAGCACACGCUGGGCACCGGGUCGUCCCUGUCGGUGGAAGACCACGAGCGGCCGUUCCUGGUGUCACAGGACGCCACCUUCUCUUGCGGCUUCCUCCAGGCCGGCGACAACGCCUUCUACUUCUCCGUCUGGUUCACCGCCGCCAAGAACCGGACCGCCGUCUGGACGGCCAACCCUGGCGCCCCGGUGAACGGCCGGGUUUCCAGCAUAUCCUUCAGCCCCGAAGGCCAGCUGGCUCUGGCCGAUGCCAACGGGACAACUGUGUGGAACAGCAAGACUGGCGGCAAGAGGCACCUCACCGUCUCCCUCCGCGACACCGGGAAUCUUCUCAUCGCCGACCCGUCCACCGGCCGCGCCGUCUGGCAGAGCUUCGACUGGCCGACGGACACCCUGCUCCCGUCGCAGACGCUGUCCAAGGACAAGAAGCUCGUCGCCGGCUACUACGCCCUCUACUACGACAACGACAACGUGCUGCGCCUCCUGUACGACGGCCCGGAGAUCGCCAGCAUCUACUGGCCGAACCCGGACCAUAACGUGUUCGACAACGGCCGGACAAACUACAACAGCUCACGGGUCGGCGUCCUCGACCACACCGGCGUGUUCCUCUCCAGCGACAACCUGCGAGUCGAGGCCUCCGACCUGGGCGCCGCCGGCGUCAAGAGACGGCUAACUAUCGAGCAAGACGGAAACGUGAGGAUCUACAGCCUGAACGCGGCCGGAGGAUGGACGGUCACGUGGGCGGCGCUAAAGCAGCCGUGCUCCGUGCACGGGCUGUGCGGCAAGAACGCCCUCUGCGAAUACCAACCGUCCCUCCGAUGCUCGUGCGCGCCGGGGUACGAGAUGGUCGACCGCCAGGACUGGAGAAAGGGCUGCAAGCCAACGUUCAGCCUCCCCACCGGAACCACCAACUGCAGCGAAGCUCCGGCGUCGGAGCGGUUCACGUUCGUCCAGGUGGCAGCAACCGACUUCUACGGCUACGACCUCGGCUUCAACCAGUCCGUCACCUUCGAAUACUGCAAGAGCAUGUGCUUGAAGAUGUGCUCCUGCGCCGCCUUCGCCUACAGGUUGGAUGGCCGGGGCAAUUGCUUCCCGAAAGGCGUCCUGUUCAACGGCUACACGUCGCCGGCGUUCCCCGGAAGCAUAUAUCUCAAGGUGCGUAGCGAUCUCAACCUCAACGCCACCGCGCCGCAGCUGUCGGUACAUGCCACGGGCCUCGCCUGCAAUCGUAACGGUUCUCGUACCGCCAUCGUCCCACGAUACGCGGACACGUACGGGACACCUAGCGGCGGCACAAAAUGGUCCUACUUUUUUGCGUUCGCCGCGGUGCUUGGAUUUCUGGAGCUUCUAAUCGUCGCCGCGGCGUGGUGGUUCCUGUCCAGCCAGGAGAGCAUACCCAGCUCGCUGCAGGCAGGAUACAGGCUGGUCAUGGCGACCCAGUUCAGGAGGUUCACGUACCGGGAGCUCAAGGACGCGACUGGGAACUUCAACGAGGAGCUCGGCCGCGGCGGCUCCGGCGUGGUGUACCGCGGCGUGCUUGAUAAGACCACCGUGGUGGCGGUGAAGAAGCUGACAAACGUGGUGCAGGGCGAGGAGGAGUUCUGGGAGGAGAUGACGGUGUUCGGGAGGAUCAACCACAUCAACCUGGUGAGGAUCUGGGGGUUCUGCUCCGAGGAAAAGCACAAGUUGCUGGUGUACGAGUACGUGGAGAAUGAGUCACUGGACAGGCACCUGUUCGGCAAGGACAUUGGCAAGUCACUGGCGUGGAGCGAGCGGUUCAAGAUCGCGUUGGGCACGGCCAGGGGCCUAGCCUACCUUCACCAUGAGUGCCUCGAGUGGGUCAUCCACUGCGACGUCAAGCCGGAGAAUAUCCUGCUCACGCGCGACCUCGACGCAAAGAUCGCCGACUUUGGGCUAGCCAAGCUGUCCGGAAGAAACCCCAUAGGCAAUGGCGACGUCGCUGACACCGGCGUGCAGCUCUCCCACAUGAGGGGGACGAUGGGGUACAUGGCACCGGAGUGGGCGCUGGGCUUGCCGGUCGACGCCAAGGUCGAUGUGUACAGUUACGGCAUUGUGCUUCUGGAGAUCGUGAUUGGGAGCAGAAUCUCUGACCAGACGACCACGGACGGCGCGGAGCGGCUAGAGAUGUGGCAGAUCGCGCAGGCACUGAAGCAAGUGGUGGCGAGUGGAGACAUCAUGUCAUUAGUGGAUAACAGGCUGAAGGGGCAGUUCAACCCUCGGCAGGCCAUGGAAAUGGUGAAGAUUUCCUUAUCGUGCAUGGAGGAGAGGAGCAACAGGCCGACCAUGGAUGACAUCUCCAAAGCUCUUACAGCGUGCGAUGACGAGGAUGAGCACCCUGCGUACUUAUCGUGACUUUAGUUUCAUGCUUGAUAGUCGAUUCCCGCAUCUCUACCGUCAUCGUGUUGUUCUCGCUAUAUUGUUGUAGGACAGUGCUAUCUUCCAGACGUCCUGAUUUUAGCGAUAGAUCCUGACGAUGCACAUGCAGUCCUUCUACCUCGGGAUUGCAUGCAGUCCAUUUUUCCAUAUGCAUGUGAUAAUUAGUGAUUUUUUUCUCCGUCAUGUACAUGCAUGGCAUUUUUUAGAGAGUUUAAUUACAUGCAUGCAUGUGAGACGAAAUUGAUGACAUUACUAUAGAUUCCUUCAUGAUUCAAAAAAUUCAAAAUGUUUCGUAGGCCAAACCAUCGCUCCGAUCGAAAAAUUGUUUUCACAUAAAAUAAUCGUCGCGGUGAGAACUUCAAAACUAGAUCCCAUGUUGAUAUGUUCCGACGACUUUUUUUUUUGCGUAAAAGUUACCACGCAUAGGGUAUGCCAAUUAUCACAUAUAUGUUACAUUAGUUACCAUGAUGUUUACAUAGGCAAAUUUCAGGCAUAAAGUGCAGAAAGUGCAGAAAAGUGCAGAAAAGCUAAUGUCAUCGCGGGUUCUUUUUGUUUAUGAAAUUUCAAAAUGUUUUGUCACCCGAAUCGCUUGUUUAUUUACCAUGUUAUUAGGUUUGGAGCGUAUAUUACCAUGCUAUUUACAUAGAAGUUACCGGUGGUAUGUUUUCAACAACUUUUUCCAUGGGGCAAAGUUAUCGUGGUGUUUGUACCUAAGUUUUCAGGUUCGAAAGACUAUAUUAUCAUGCUAUUUACGCAAAUAAUUAUCAGUGAUAUGUUUUUAACAUCUUUUUCCCAGAUUCAAAAUUAUCAUGGUGUUUGUACCUAAAUUAUCAGGUCCGAGAGUCUAUAUUAUCAUGCUAUUUAGACAAAAAUUAUCGGUCAUAUGUUUUCAACAACUUUUUUCACGGAUCAAAGUUAUCGUGGUGUUUGUACUUAAGUUAUCAGAUCCGUGAGUUUAUAUUAUCAAGCUAUUUACACACAAGUUGUCGAUGGUAUGUUUUUAACGUCUUUUUUACCCCGGUUAUCGUGUUGUUUGUAAGUGAGUUAUCAGCUCUACUAUGCGUAUACCAUCAUGUUAUUUACAUAUGAGUCACCGGGGGUGUUUCAAACUUUUCUUUCCUGGUAAAAGUUAUCAU